AUGAUGUCUCCAGACUUCAUCGCUCUUUUAAUCUGUUUGGUCUUGGGUCUUGGCUUGGCAAUCCCUUCUAACACUUGUAUUGUGAUGGGUAAUCUGGACAUCAUCAGAAAGAAAGGGAAGUUGAGUCCCACCGAUGGGAUCUUCCUGGCUAAGGGAAUUGUGAAUAUUCUCCUCCAGUGUUUGCUGACUUUACAGGGAAUACUCUAUGUCUUUUCUCAAGAAAUCCUAUUCAAUAGACAAUUAUAUGUGUUUGUGAACAUAUCGCGUUACUUCCUAACCUCUUACAGCUUCUGGUUGACCUUCUGGCUCUCGGCUCAUUACUGUACCAGCAUCACCAAUCUCAGCUAUGGGUUCUUCAUCUGGAUAAAGAGAAUUGUGUCCAAUUUCCUGAGUCACCUUCUAUUCCUGACAGCACUUGGGGUGUUCAUUGUGACUCUCCCCAUUAUCUGGACUCUGACUGUAGACAGAAUUAUCCAGUCUUCUGAGAACAGUACAGGAUCCUCUAUUAUUAUAUUCCAUGAAACUUUUUCCUACUUUGUGCCUGUAAACAUCCUAGGCUGCAUUCUUCCAUUCUUCCUUAGUCUUCUGUGUCUGGUCCUCACUUCCUCCUUUCUGCUCAGACACGUCUGGAGGGUGAAGAAUAACGACUCGGGAUCAACACGUCCAAAUCUUCAGGCUCAUGUCACGGCACUGAGGACAAUCUUCUUCUUACUUCUCAUCCUCACACUUUUCUGUAUAUCUCGAGCAUUUAGGUUUCUUGAAAAUUUCUCACUGUUUGCAAUCAGUUGGACUUUACGAUUAUUCUCUUCAUCGGCGGAGGCCGCCGUCAUCUUCCAGGCCAGCAACAAGCUGAGAAGGAUCAUUCUGAGAAGAUUCUGGACCAGAAGUCGGAGGAACGCGGAGACAUAA